CUGUAACGUCGUAUGCAUGACGCUGCAAUACUGACGUGCCUUUUCUCGGCACUGGAACCAAGUAUCCAACGCCAAUCGGACUCAGGGACUGUCUUUUCUACGUCACUGCUGCGCUGAGUGCAUGGGAAGUGUGACUUCCCUUGGUCACCUUCUUCGUGAUCAAGUCCUUUCGAUACGACUUGGAAAUGAGCUAUGCUCCAACUGUUUAUCAAUACGAAAGCAAUGCUACUGUUCUGGACAGUGGACUCGUUGGUGUGCCUUGUUUAAUGGAGCCCGCACGUGUGGUGGCGGAAGCAGGGGUGGAUGCGUCGGCCGUGACACCAGCAGCGGGCGCCCCGCCUGACAGGGACAAGGCCGCUGGCGACGGCCCCUCCUCGUCCUCCUCCAUGCUUUUCGCCCUCCAGCACAGACCGUCCCCCAACACUCGCGCGCGAUGAGCACCGCGCUACAACCACCGCCAAGCGCCGGCUACGCGCUCGCUGCCGGCGCGGAGCAGAGUGAGUACGGCGGGAACAAAAGCGCAGUGGCCCAUCUAAGGCCACAGCCCAUCAGACGCGACACAGACAACAUUCUAUCUUACUACCAGUCCGAAUAUGCUGGCCGGACGCUGUCCUCUGAUGCUGCAGCUGAUUCCGUCUCACCACCAUCAGUUAUGAGAGCAGACUCUGCUUCUUCGUCUGAAUACUCUUCGGACCCCCGAGACCGCGCGAUUGAUACUGGCCCCAGGCGGACCCACGAAGCACGACACGAUUCCACUAGUACCAUUAGCACGGAGGGCGAACACAGACGAAGACCUAGUGUGCCAUCGGAGGGCGGCGCGGAUAGGCGACGGCUUGCGAUCGUUGAGUUGGACGAUUCUCUUCCCGCUUCUCUCACUCGCAAACGCAGCCAGGCCUCGCGAGACCAGCACAAUGCAGACAUGUCAGCGACGACGACGACAAUUUCCUCGCGGCGCGGCAUGCACGUCGACGGCCUCGCGCUUGUGGCCCCACCCGACGCCUCGCCGCGAACGUAUACGGAUCUCACGCCCCCCUCCACCGCUCCUUUGUCCACCGAACGACCCCCUCCCUCCGCUCUCCGCCCACCUCUCGCGCACCAGCGCUCACAGUCUGAGGUGACCUCCGCGACCCCCAAGUCUCGCCACCAGCACAAAUCCUCGCGUGACAUCGGCAUCGUCGACGCCGUCCCAACGACGGCUGAGUCUCAAGAACGGCCGAUCCUGACCGCCAUCGGCACUCAGCAAGCGGCGCUCAAGGUACCCAUUUUCCAGACGCCCACCGACUCGCGCUCCCCGACGCCAGGUAGCAGUGCCAGGACGCCCGACCCGUCCGAGUCAAGCAUGCUCAGUCCCCAGGGCCCCUUUAGCGCGGAAUCAAGCGCAUUGACGACACCGGACGACGACGGACGUGAUCGAGAACAACUGACACCUGCCAUUGGCGAGUCAAAGGAUAUAUCCCAGCCUGUCGUUGGACCUGUCAUUGUCAACACGUCGGAGGCGCUGCGGCAUGGCAUACAGAACAGGCAAGUGCUGUCGAGUGUGUCCAGUCCUGGUGACGUGUCCGCGUCGCGCCAGACGCAGAUGUCGCCGCUCUCUGUGGCGAGCUCGUCGCGUUCUGCGUCCCCUUACGUCCACUAUGAACCUGGCGUACAUUCGCGAGCGGGUCCUAUGCCACCGCCACCACAGCCUCUCUAUGACGUCGAUCCUCGCUCCGGAACGCUCACUCCAGCGCCGCCGCGUCCACCACGCAUGUUCACGCCGCUGCCACCAUCAGUCCAACGCGAUCCACAGGCCCUGCGGGAAGCCUUGCAGCUACCGCAGUCGGUCUCCACAGUGCUGGCGUCGAAGCAACCUUCGCGGUCUCCGAAGCGCAAUGAUUCCGAGUUGACGGAGGAUUCGGUGUACUCGCAGGAGGAGAGGGAGCAGGGCACUGGUCCGUCGCGAUCACUGUCAAAGCGGUCCAUGCAUGUCAGGGAGGGCGCGCAUCCACCGUCGACUGUGACCAAUACGCCGUCCACGACCACGGAGGAAGUGCCAGAAGCUAAGAGCGAUGAAUCGAGCAACGUCCGCCCGGAGACCGGCAAAGCGCCUCCAGUUUCGUUCACAUUGCAAGACGAUGCUAGAAGUGCCGAGUCUGUUUCAUCCUCGUCGCAAGCACCCUCUCUUCAUCCCACCAGAUCCCGCAAGGACCUCCGCAGAGAGAGCAGCUGGGUAAGCAUGGCACAGGAGAAGGUCCAGCGCGCGCUCUCGCCUGGGCGCGUCUCGAGUAUUUCACGUUCACCCUCCACCUCGCCGUCCAUGUUCUCGCCGACUCCGCCGCCGAAGAGCAUCUACGGCUCACUGGAGGACGUACCGCACGCCUCGGGCUCCGGGAUCAAUCCGCUCAGGGGCGCGCUCACGAAUCUGAAGCGUUUCUCCGCGCUACCGCGCACGCCCUCGGUGACCUCUGCGCGCGCGAAAAGCCCGUCUCCCAGUCCACAAAUCAGCCCAAGGCAUUCAGAGUCGAGGGACGCCCCGUUGCCGCCACCGCCUCCUGAGAGUCUCCCUCCAAAGCCACGAGUCGUGCGUACAAGGAUAAAGGCGGAGUGGCCGGAGGCGAUGUCGUGCCGGGAUGUGGCGGCGAAGAGGAGUCCGCUCGAGCGCUCGAUCGGGUAUGCGAACAAGAUCAACGAGCUGGCAAUGUAUGAUUGCGGAUUGACGGAGUGGGUGCAGAUGCGGCGGUACUCUGCGACUGGCACACGCAAUGGGUCCUCCAGUAAAGUGAGGCUCAUGGUGACACCGGCGACACCUGCAUCUCGUAUCUUUGUACCACAGCCACGACAUGCAUCUAGGAGCUCCGAAGCGUCAGAGAUGACAUUCCCAACGCGCCCCGACGCGUACAGCGCUACUGACCUCACGACUCGCGCAAUAGACGUCCUCCCAUCAACCGCCUCUCCCCCUCCAGCCCUCCCCUAUCCAUCACUGGCACAAGCGCAACAAACGCGCAGCCCCUUUCGUUCCUCAACAAUGAUGCCAUCGCCUUCACGUUCGCUUCUACCAUUACCGGGCAAGUCCGGUGGAGGUUUCUUCUCGUCUAUUGGGCGCAAGGCGAGCGUCAGGAAGGACAGACCCGCUCUACCUCCCCAUCCCCCGGGGCGUGUGCUCUCCAAACGCAAUACGGCCACGCCCACACCUACGGCGACUCGCCAACCUCCUGUGCAGCCCGUGACAUCGCCGUCUGUGCCUGGUGGUCCGCGAGCCGCCCCAGGUCGCAUACGUCGAUCCCAAACAUUCUCAGCUGUGUCGGCCCCGACCCCUCAGCCUGAUGUUUCGACGAUGCCCACAACUAACACCCAUUCACAACGACAAAGCACCAUGCGUCGCCCGUCGCUUUUCGCGCGUGCGAAGAACCAUGGGCAGAGCCAGGUGCCGUCGGGCGCCGUGGUCGCCCAGCCUGCGCUGCCGAACCCAGAAUUCGACCGCCAGGUGGACAAACUAGCGGAUUUGCUGCCGCAUGCUGAUAGAGAGAUUCUUGCUGGGUAUCUGCGGAGAGCGGGCCAAGACAUUCUCGCCAUCGGGCAAUACCUCGAAGACGAGAAGAACGGCACGUUGCGACGCGAUUAACAUAGAUGCUUCUAUCCGACUGUCUGGUGCUUGUGCAUCGCCUUAUGCUGGCCAAGUGCUUGCCUAGCCCGAGCGGCCGCUUGUAUUGAGUAUCUUUUUUGGAGAACUGAUUUGCGAUACAGGACAUGAUUCGACGUAUAAGGUUACAUUACGAUAUUGUGUAUCUAUACCCUUCAGACUUUGUACUCGUACACACUUCUCGUUGCUUCUACAGACCAAGAACAUGGAUGCGCGCGUCACAGGGAUACUAUAUGCUUGCAGAAUGUUCUA